GCUACUCCAGCUGAUGCUGCUGCUACUCCAGCUGAUGCUGCUGCUACUUCAGCUGCUGCUGCUGCUACUUCAGCUGCUGCUGCUGCUGCUGCAGACGGGGCAACAGCGCGUGCCCUUGUCGCCAGACGACGUGGGGUAGUGCCUUCUCUAAAGGCCUUAAAGGUCUCUCCCUUGACGCGUUUUAACCCUCUUCUGCCGCUAGAGACGCUAGACGGAUUGUGGAAGGCUCUUCAGAAGCGUCGGUAUACCGGUAUACUCAAGCGGAAGUUAGGGCACGCGCAGGCGCUUGCCCGUAGGCUGGAGGCUGACGGCGUUGGUGCCAGUGCAAUACUAGAAGAUGGAGCUCUCGAGCACUACGGCGUGUUGCGAGACCUCCCCAACACCAACUACGUUCCCCUUUAUCUGCACAGACACUCCAGGCCCUGGGAACCCCCCGAAGCCGCAGCUGUGGCUGCUGCUGCUGCUGCUGUGGCUGUUGCUGCAGAAACGGGGGAUGCGAGGCAGCAAGCGGAGGCGGCUAGAGCCUCCGCGCGCGCAAGGGCAGCCCUUCGGAACGCUGCAAUGCAGAGGCUGCAGGAUCUCGGCUUCGUGACUUCUGACGGCGUCCUCGACCUGCUCAAGAUACGCUCGCUGCAGGCUGCGCUGCAGCAGCAGCCUGCGCUUCCACGUCAGCUCUCCGUAGCAGAGCAACAACAACUGCUGCUGCAGCGGCGGCUUCAGCCUAAGUACCGCUUCACACGCAUCGUUCAGCGAGUCACGACACACGCGCGAGCAGCAGCAGCCAACAUGAAUUUCCCCAUUUUAGGGACAAAGAAACGCCGCAAGGCAGAAGCCGCAGCACUUACUGCAGCAGCAGCUGCCGCAAGCACUCCUGAGGAAGGCGGUGUCUUCACGAUGCCUUCGCAAGUUUCCCUUGGGGGUCGCAGCUGGAAGGGUGCCUCGCAAGAGCAACAGGAGGUGACGCCAACGCAACCCCCAGAGCAACAGCAACAGCAGCAACAGCAGCAGCAGCAGCAACAGCAACAGCAACAGCAACAGCAACAGCAACAGCCUGUGACAAAGAGACUGGGAAGCGCACUGAGGCGCAUGCAGAAAAAGCAGCUCCUGCAGCAGCAGUUGCGGCUCAAGCAGCAUCAGGAUCAGCAGGAGAGGGUUCGGCUGCUGCAGCUAGCAGCAGAGGUGACAGGGGUGUUUGACGCUUUGGCGAAGGCCGAUUACCCCGAGUAUGCGCCUAUUAGGGAUGUUGCGGAACUGGAGUCCUAUGUGGAAGCCGAGUACAGGAGAAACUCUCUGAUGGCAGACUUGCGACGCUCCUUGGAAGCUUCUCUGCAGUCGGGGGAGGCGCUGCAGCCUCUGCAGCAGCUGCAGCCAGAAAGCAACCUGGCGUUUUUGCAAGUGUGGCUGCGUCUGUCGAAGCGUCAGAGAAGGCGGCUUCUGAUGGACGAGCUGCGAGAGCAGCAGCUGCAGCAGCCGCCUGUGCCCCUCAGGAAGCGGCGCUCGCGGCGAAGGCAUGUCCAGCGCAAUGAGCCAGAUCCACGCCUGCUCCUACGGAGUCUACGCCACAAGUUCGCACUCGGCUUGCUGCCGCUGCCUUCGAAGGCAGCAGCGCGCCAGCCGUCGUCUUCCUGCUUUCCAGCGCGCGAUUCGGCCUCGCCAGCAGCUAGCCAACUCCCCACCGAGAUCGCUGAUGACGCCACAAGGGCUCUCAGCUCGAGCGCUUUGCGUGCUGAGACUUCUUGCCAAUCUCGGUACACGGCACUUCGCAACUCCUGCAAACCUGCGAGCGACCCCUUCUGUCCACAAGCUACCCAGCAAGCGCCUCCUGCAGCUGCUGCCCGCCGAGGUGCACCGGCAACAGCAGCAGCCGCAUGCAAAGAGGGUACAACAGAAGACGGGAGCCGAUUUAGAGCGGAACCCGAACCAUCGGAUGGCUACAGGCCCCCCGUUCCUGCGUGGAGCUUGCGGAUAUUCUACGAUCUCGAAUAUUCUCAAGAAGCAGUUGUAGAGGCACUCACCAAGCACAUUGAAGGGCUCACAAGAGAAGGCGCAGAGUCAGCAUGGCACUGCAUGCAUCUCCGCGGUAGAGUGGACGUGGGCGCCUUUGUGGACCCUGUGGCAGCAGCUGUUGCAGCAGGUCAUGUGCAGGCGGAAGCCGGGGUGUACAGCCAAGUGAUUGCCUUCGACAAGAAAAACACAGUGGAAGAGGGGGAGUCCCCGUUUUCUGCAGUGCCUAGUGGUGGCGUCUAA